AUGGGGAAAAAAAGACAGCGACGAUCUGUUCUAAAAAAGGGAGUCUGUAUUGCAGAAGAUCGUAUUAGUCAGUUACCUGAUGAAAUUCUGGUAUAUAUACUGUCUUCUCUUACUGUUGAAGAAGCAUCUUACACAAGUAUCCUCUCAAGGCGUUGGCGAAGUUUGUGGACAUGUAUUGAUAGGCUUGAUUUUGAUGCUACAGAACCCUUGGAUGAAGUAGCCUCGAAAUACAAGCUACGGAAGAAGUAUCUGAGAUGGGUCAACUCUACUUUACAAAUGUGUAAAGAGCAAACACUCAGCCAAUUUCGGAUUUGUUUUGAUUUAGACAAAUACGCCCAGUAUGAUAUUGAUAAAUGGCUUGAAUUUGCCUUUUCUAGGAAAGUUCAAAGACUAGAGUUAGACUUACGUAUAGAGGAAGACUAUCCUCGUGAUUUUAAUAACUGUUAUGCUUUUCCGGCACGGCUCCUUGGUCUUGGUGAUUCUGCUCACUCAUCUUCAUCUAAACCUCAUUCUGAUAAACUCCAAAUACACCCACUUGUCCAGCAGAAUUUCAAGUCUCUAAAAAUGUUGCUAUUGAAAUCCGUAAAUGUGACGGGACAAGUUCUCGAGUUCUUUCUACACAAUUGUCCAUUUAUUGAAACUAUGGUUGUUCAUGAAUCAGGAACAUUGGUAAAUUUGGAAGUCGUUGGUCCGUCUCUCAAACUGAGGCACUUGGAGAUAUGGUACUGUCGUAAUGUAGAAUCACUUAAAAUUUGUGAUACAAACCUUGUAACAUUAGGGACUUCGUCAGGAAGGCUGGAGGUCCUUACACUAGAUGCUUGUUUUUCAUUGGAAGAAUUGGAGCAUUACAAUUUUCCUAUACUUGCGAAGCUCAAGAAAUUUGUUUUCAUCACAUUCAGAUGUACAUUGAGAUGGAAAGGCCAGAGCCUCUUAGGCUGCACAUCUAUAAUAAGGGCUGCCCCACAGUUGAAGGAAUUUGAAAUACAAAUCAUGACAUCAAGUCUGUUAACGGAGAAAAGAAAGUGUAAGAAGGGCAUAAGAUGGCCGCUUCCUCAUCUCAAAGUGGUCAAAUUGUGGGGGAUUUAUAGCGGCGUAUUAAAUCUUGAACUGGUUAGGUACUUUUUGGAAAAUGCUGUUGCACUAGAGAAAGUCAUCAUCGAUCCUACGGAGCCAAUUUUCUGUCCACACCCUUUAACUCCUGAGAAUAUCAAAGUGUUGCAAACUUCUAGAAAUCGUGCUAAACUCCAACUUGAACGUGAAGUGCCUCAAGCUAUUGAGUUGGUCAUAUUGUAA